AUGUUACAACAGAGCGUUAUCGAAAAGGUGUUCUUUGCUGAUUCCUACACUGGGAAUGAAUCGUUGAAUAUUUGCAGGUUCGAGUGGUUCCGUCCGAGCGUCGCAUCCAAUCCGGAGCAAGCCCAGGCGAUUCGGAACAUUGUCAAUCAAACCUCGUUCCCGGCGCCUUACGUGCUGUUCGGUCCACCCGGAACGGGCAAAACGUCCACGCUGGCGGAAGCAAUCGGCCAAAUCUACAAACUUCGCCCCUCGGUGAAUGUUCUCGCAGUGGCCGCUUCAAAUUCGGUCACCAACGAGCUGACCAGCCGAGUGCUGGAAAUCAUCCCCAAGAAAGACGUUUACAGAAUCUUUGCUAGAUCCUAUGCGCGAAAGAUUAAGUACAUCGAUCGGGAUGUUCUGGACGUGUCAAAUCUACGCAGCAUGAUAAGUGAUAAGAAAAACAAAAAGAAGGUACACAGAGAUGUAAAAUCUUACAGAGUAGUUCUUUGCACUACAUCAACUGCAGCUCAAUUCGUGGAUGCAAAUAUUUCAAGGAAUCACUUCAGCUACAUCUUCAUCGAUGAAUGCGGAUUCGCCAAGGAGAUUUCCAGCCUGGUCCCAAUAAUGGGCAUUGGUGUCCACGACAGUGAAAUCACAGCCAGUAUCGUCUUGGCUGGGGAUCCGAAACAGCUAGGACCAGUCAUUCUAUGCGACUACCUGAACGAAACCAGCCACAGCGUGUCCCUGCUAGAGCGCAUUACGGACAAAGAAUUGUACGCGAAGAAUCCGCUGACGGGAGAGUAUGAUCCGAACGUCAUCACACAACUUAGAAAUAACUUCCGGUCGCAUCCAGCACUGCUUGAGCUGCCGAAUCGAAUGUUCUACGCCGGACAGCUGCGAGCAAAAGCAUCUCCCGAUAAGACUCACUGGGCCGUGGGUUGGGAUCGUUUGCCGAAUCGCACCGUUCCGUUGAUCUUUCACCACGUGGUCGGUGAGAUGAAGCAGGAUGAAAACUCCUCCAGCAUGUACAACGAGCAGGAAGCUGAACAAGUACUCUCGUACGUGGAAAUAAUCAUGAACGAUGGAAUUUGUGGCAAGAAACUCGAGCAAACUGCAAUCGGGAUCAUCACUCCGUACGCUAGCCAGGUUCGAUAUCUGAAGGACCUUCUGAACAUGCGUGGCUGGAAAGACAUUGAAGUCGGGUCAACGGAGCAAUACCAGGGACGCGAGAAGCCCAUCAUGCUGAUGUCGACCGUACGGACGGGCAGCAAGAGUGUGGGCUUUUUGGCCGACCCAAAAAGGCUGAAUGUUUCCCUGACGAGAGCGCAAGCCCUGAUGAUUGUGGUGGGCGAUCUGGAGACGCUACGAAAUAAUAGACAUUGGGCAAAAUUUAUCGGGUACUGUAGACAGAACAAUGCCGUAGUGCCUUCCGUGUUGGAAUUUCCCGUUGAAACGGUCGCUUUGAACACGGAAAGCUUCAAUAGUUCUGGAUCAGAUAUGCGCGCAGAAACGUCAAAUAAUACCAAAACGCCAGAAAUAGAUUACACUAUAUUACCCAACCAAAUCACAGCUUGUACCAGGCCUGUGGAGUCGGGUGACUUAGAUGCCGACACCGAAUCAGACUCCGAAUCCGGCUCCGACUCCACUGGAAACGUAAUUGUUGAGGCAGAACUACACAAUAGAACAGUUGAAACGACCCAAAUUGUCCCUGCUGUCACAGGGCAAGAUAACGGAACGCUUGGUGUGAUAUUAGAGAUUGCUAACAUAAUUGUUGGAUAUGUUCUAUGGCCACGCAGACCAACAAGACCAAUUUGAAUCAUCGAAGUAUUUAACAGUAGGGAAAUAUGCCCAUUCCCAGCUGUCUAAGCAGUGGUGUCCUGAUGUUAAAAAAAACUAAUUUUAAAAUUCUUAAAAUACUUUAAAAUAUUAUUCUGUUUUUCUAAUGAUUAGAAUCUAAUCUAAUACAAACGCAGCCAUUCCGAUGAAAGCAUGCUGGAAUUGCUGGAAUUAGUCUUGUGCUUAGAUUACGCCCCAAGCACUUUUCAUUGUCAAUAUUAAUAUUUGCAGUACAUCCGAGGAAAAUUAAAAAUUAAAGCGGCCAGCCCUACUGCGUUGUGUUUACCGCAGAGACGAUUCGGUGAACGGAUCACAUUUCACAGAGUCUAAAGGGGAGGAAGGAUGCGUGGACAUACCGUAUUUUUAAUUUUGUUUACACAAAUAAAACAUUCUAGACUUCAAAAAUCUUAACAUUCAAAAAAGUUUAAAAAUAAAAUUUUAAAUUUCCAAAAUUCUAAACUUUUUAAUUUUUUUUUGUAUUACGGAAUUUAACAAUUAAUUCUUUUAGAAUUUGAGCAUUAUGUAAUUUUAAAAUUUGACACUGCAAAAUUCAGAAAUUCAGGAAUUUUAAAAAUAUUAAAUUUCAGACAUUUUUGUAUUUUGGCAAGAAUUUCAGAAUGAUAAUACUUUAGAAUUUUGAACUACGGAAUUUUAGCAUUUCAAAUUAAACAGUUAUUUAGAUUUAAUAUGGAUUUUUAUUUAAUUUUCAGUUUUUUUAGAUUUCAUAAUUUUAAAAUUUUAGGGUUUGAAUCUUGAAGUUUUUGAAUUUAAGAUUGGAUAAUUUUGGAAUUCUCCGUAAGUACAAACUUCGGGGAAAAAAAAACCAUUUGCCUUUGCCUAAAUAUAUUUGAAUAAAUCAAAGGGCACGUGUUUCUGUUGACCCCAAAGUGUAUGAUUCCCUUCGAGAUGAGCUUGCGCAGUCAUGUUUGUAUUUUUUUUGUAGAGCAGUGAAAGUUUGCGGCAAACUCGCAAACAAAGCAAAAUGUAUACAGGCUGAUAUUUCUGCAAACAAAUGCAGGAAAACUGUCAAAAAGUGCGAGUUUGUUGGUUUAUUUGUCAUAGUCUAAUACCCUAAUACCUGUUUUAAAAAUUUCAUUAUGUUUAAAAAAAAUUAAGCUUUGAUAUUUCUUUUUUUUUAUGAAAAUUUAAUGAUUUUUCUUAUGACAUUUUCUUCUAGUUAACUUCAUCCUUAUCCUUUAAUUUUGAUUUUGGGGCUUUGGCCUUAUUCACGAAACGCGAAAAUAGCGUUGCAACUUGCAAGAAGCAAGUCGUGUUUCAUGCCAGUUUGCCUGUUGAUUUUCCCGAUUCUCUAAGGGAACCGAUAUAUUCAAGCAGCGUCCAAUAUGGCAGCUGAAUGAAAAAAAAAACAACAUUAAAGGAUUUUGAGGUUCAAUCAACUAUUCAAAUUUUACUAAUUUGGGGUCACUGAAAUCGAAUUUGACCCCAAGAAUGCUCCAAAGUACUCAGGCCUGUUAAUUGCCUUUUACAAUUCUGUAGAAAUACUCUAGCACCGCCAUAUUGGCCGCCAUCUUGAAUUGCACAUUUCCUGAAUACUUAUGAGCAUUCUAUUCUGUAACCAAAGUUCUUGCUAACCCUCAAGUUGGACCUGCGCAGUAAUUUUUUGUCAAUUUUUGAAGGUC